AUGUUCCUAGUUGUUACGGCCGAGUAUUUCUCUGAUUCAGGACAUAGAGGAAAAUUGAUGGCGGUGGUUUUUGCCCAGCAGGGUUUCGGAAUUCUUUGUGCGGCCUUGGUCUCUACAUCUAUGCUUGCGGCGUUUCGUUCAUCAAUCGAUAAAAACCCGAAUAGCCUAGACUAUGUCUGGCGUCUUGUUCUUGGUUUCGGGGCUAUUCCUGGUUUAGUGGCUCUCUUCUUUCGUCUGACCAUCUCCGAAACGCCACUUUAUCAAUUGUACAUCCACAACAAACGCAAACAAGCAAGGGAAAACAGACAGGGAACCCAAAAUAAUCAGCAAGAGAUAGAUCCAGAUCAAGAAAAUAUACAUGGGAUAAGCUUGACCGAGUUUUACAGGUUUUUCAGUAAAAGAGGGAAUAGAAAAUAUUUAAAAUAUUUAAUUGGGACGGCUAUUGCGUGGUUUUGUGUCGAUAUAUCCUUUUAUGGAAUCGGCCUAAACAACGCAACAAUUCUCAAGGAAAUUGGGUUUGAUGUCAGCAAAACGAGCGCCGGCGCUUACACCCAACUGUUGAACGCCAGCAUUGGUAAUGUUUUUAUUACCAUGAUGGGCACUAUUCCUGGGUAUUUGAUGACCAUAGCGCUUAUAGAUAACAAAAAUGUGGGCAGGAUACGAAUUAUGUAUAUUGGAUUUGCUAUGUCUGCAGUUUUACUGCUUAUUUUUGGUUGUGCAUAUAAGGAGAUUGUGAACAAUAGAGCCGGAUUUAUCGCCAUGUUUGUGUUAAUCCAGAUAGGAUUUAGCAAACUUCGUGACGUGGGCGGAAAGGAUCCAAACAAUGCAAACGAGUUUCUUGGACCACUCAUUGCUAUUACCACUAUUUUCAUGGUAAUCGGUUUGGUAGUUACGUAUUUUUGCUUUGAUUAUAAUGAGGAUGUUCGGGAAAAGUUAUCAAAGCCUUUGACAGACGGAAACGCCGACGAUGACAGUAUGGAAAAUGCGUAA